GCUAGAAUUGCAAGCAGUGCUCAUAAAUUCGUAAUUUAAAGUUUACAAAUCUCUAAGCAAGGAAAGUUUAAUGCAAUUUAUUCAUGUUUCAGACAAAGUAAAAUGUGUGAGAAGAAUAGGCAUGUUUAGGCUUCGUUUCUUCGUCAGCGAGUGAGCUAAGAUUGCUUGUGCCUCCGCACCGUUGUCCCAUUUACCAUCAACUUUUGUGUUGCUCCCCCCAUUCGUGCUUCUUACUGCUGGCACCAAUAUCCGAUCCGCUGUGGUAUGGUUCCUGGUGCUCGGCGGAACACAGUCCUACAUGACGGUGUCGAAAUUAAAAGUGUCGUUUCGGUGUUCUGAUCGAUUCUUUAGCAGGGUGAACCGAUUGGCUUGACGGUGUAGAUACAAGCGGAGGCACACACUGAACUAGCACAUCCCGAGCAGGGUUUCAUCCAAGAUGUCCAAAACGUUGAAACGGUCUGUGGCUGGUGAACGGCCUAGCUGCUACAUUCCCGCAAGGCUGGACGAACGUCGCAUUAGGCAUCGGAUGCUGCGCCAGGAACGGCGCCGAAAGCCCGACAAACCGGACGACUUCGUGACGUACGAAGAUAGCGAUAGCGAGGAGGAAACGCCAAGCCAGCAGCACCAGGUCCUUAGUACAUCGUACAACUUUGUAGACUACAUAAGAAGCAGAGAAUCAGACUUGCACGAUGAGCGAUCGAUAGAUCCGACAUACGCCAGUAGGCACAUCCUGACGCACGAUAUGUUUCGCGAAACGCCCAUCUCCUUGGGCAACAUCAACAAGGUGUUCUGCUCGCAAUGGCUCAGUAAUCGGCAGGUCGUGUUCGGUACCAAGUGCAACAAACUGAUGGUGUACGACGUCAAUAUGCGACGGGUGGACGCCAUACCGACGCUACCGAACAGCAACGGGGCGAGUCCCGAUACGCAAUCCGGGAUACACGCGUGUCAGAUUAAUCCUAGCCACAGUUUACUUGCGACCGGUGCGAGACAUUCGGCCGACAUCGCCCUGUACCGGUUGCCUACGCUAGAUCCGCUCUGUAUCGGUGAGAAUGCGCAUAGGGAUUGGGUGUUUGAUAUGUGCUGGCUGGACGAUCAGUUCCUGGUUUCCGGAUCGCGCGACACCAAGCUUGCACUGUGGCGUGUCAACGAAGAUCUGAUGGAGUUCCCGGAGGUAAAGGACGGUGAGGAGGAACAGGAUGUGCCAAGCUAUGCGCACAUUACGCCCGUUGCCGUGAAGGAAUGCCGUGGGGCGCAGAAGAUUCGGGCGAUUUGCUUCAAUAAAGAGUACCGCGAGCUUGCGCUGCUUUCGCUAAACGGCUACAUGCAUCUGUUCAACGCGGAAACGUUCUCACAAAAACUCUCACGGAAGUUACCCAACUGUCAGGAAAACGUGUGCAUAGCUUGCCAACCGAACGGUCUGUACGCGGUAGGAUGUCGUUCAUACACGUUGCUGCUGGAUCCACGGACACUGCAGGCCGUGAAAAAGAUUGCAUCACGCUAUAGUGGCUUCGGUAUACGGUCGGCUAGUUUCCAGGGUAACAUUCUCACCAUAGGCACCGGUAUGGGGAUGCUGAUGUUCUUUGACAUACGAGCCGGGAAAUAUCUCGAAUCGUGCAUUAAUUCUUCCCGAACGGUGGUGCUGAAAGCUAGCAAAGGCUACGUGGCCCAAUUUCCAGACGAAGAAAUGGAUGGAUUCCAACAGAACAAGUACUUGCCCGCUAUCUACACGCACUGCUACGACAGCAGCGGUACGAGGCUUUUCACUGCUGGCGGACCGUUACCGGCCACAUUAAUAGGUAACUAUGCAGGUAUUUGGCAAUAAUGGUAGUCGAUAGAUGUUCAUACCAAUGGUUUCUUCUAUUGGUUAACUUGGCUAUAGCAACAUUAGCGCGUGUAAAUUUCAAUGUGACGAUUACAUUUGAACAGCUAUGGAUGGUGACAUUUUUCACGGACCGCAUGUAUACAGUACGCACGGAUCGUAGCUGAGAAAUGGUUUUGCAAAAAAAAAAAAUAAUGUCAACAGAAUCAUUUCUCAGCUCUAAUCUCUGUGCGACUCUGUACAAGCAGUUACAAAAUGUAAAAAGCUUUUCUUACAUUUUCUCUACCAAUAAGUAAGAAAUUAAGAUUGAAGCUUUCAAAUCUAACUGCAAAGUGACACGUUUUGAGAUGAAAAAUCCUUUUGUUUAUCCGAAAUGCGGUAUUUUGUUUGUUUUGUUUUGUGAAUCUGGCCGAGGAUUAAUUUAGGUACAUGUUUUUUUUUUUAAUUUAAUUAUUAUCUAUGAACAUUUUUGUUUUGAACAUCACGUACAUAGGUUUGGAAAUGUAGCAUCACCAUCGUGCGCAACAUUAUUCGCCCUCUUUUAUAGCUAUCCUCAAAUGACAACUGGAAUAUUUAGCGCUAUAAACAUAGGUUUGAUUCGGGCUAAAUGUUUGUUCGUUUGAGAAUUUCAUACAAUAGGGCAGAAUGAUACGCAAAGGCAAAUGCAUAUAAGUUGCUUGCAACGAACGAUCCCCAGUAGAUGGAGAAUGGCAGUCUAUCGAAGGGAUUUAAUGUAAAGUAAAUAAUACAAGUAACACUAUAUCCACCAUUUCUGAUUCAAGCAAGGUGUGUAAGAUGGUCCUUGAUAGUUUUGUAAGUUGGUCACCACGAUUCGUUUAGGCAUGGUAAAAAAGUAAAAUAAUAGAAAUUUCAUAAAAAUGCUAAUAAAGUCAACCUAGA